UAACUGGAUCAGAGACGCAUCAUCAAGAGCAUCAACAACUUUAUAUUUACUUUAUAUUUAUACACACAAGGUCAUUAAUCAGUGGACACCAUGGAGCUCAUCAUUAAACUGCUGAGUGGAGAAACACGUUCUGUGUCCAUCACACCGACCACCACUAUCGGUGAGCUGAAGCGCACUAUCGCCCAGAUGUACAGCACCAGCACCUCACGCCUGAAGCUCUCAGUCACCAACGGUCGCAUCAUCCAGCUGGACCACGACCAGAAGACCGUGAGUGAUUACGGCCUGAUGUCAGGAUCCACCGUGAUGCUGCUGAUCUCUGCGACCUCCAUGCCUUUCCAAGUGUUCGUGAAGAACGAGAAGGGCCAGACCAAAACGUACGAUGUCACAGAUGAAGAAAACGUCGCUCAGCUGAUGAGGAAGGUCUCCCAAAAAGAGGGCAUACCGGUGGACCAGCAGAGGCUGAUUUUCAACGGCCGACAGCUCGAGUCUAACAUGAGGCUGCAGGAUUACAACAUCACUUCUGAAAGCACCAUUUUCUUGACCCUCCGACUGAGAGGAGGCUGAAGGGACGAACUCACGUGGAGAUCAUUUUAUGUUUAGAAAUGUAGUUAAACUCUUGUGUUGAAAAUCCAAGUAAAAACAGUUGUCUUCACAUUCCUUUAUGCAAGUUUGCAGUCAGUCACAAUUCCACUCGUGUUAGUUAGUUAGUUAGAUAAGGAUCUAAUUUCUUUAUUUUGCUUUUGAUGCACUUUUUUCUAUAUUGCUGGACUCUGUAUUACUGGUUUCCAGUAUUGGAAGUCUUAGGAAGUUUCCUCAUUUCCCUGUUUAAUGUAUUAAUUUAUUAAAUUAUAAAAUUCCUGUUUGCAUUUGUAAUCACUGCCUGGACCAACAGUUCGAUAAAUUGCCUGAGAUCACGUCUGUUGGUGUAAAUAUACUAUUUUUAUUAAAGCUGUUUACUGUUAGUUUUAAAUACGGUUAUAUCAAAAUCGUUUUAAUUUCAUUUGUUUAUGUUGAACAUGUAUAUUCAUAAAUAAUGUCUAUUUUCCUCAGUAUGUAUGUAGAAUUUUACAUUCAAAUGUCCCAUAAAGCAUUAGAUUUAUGUUAAAUUAAAAAUAGAAUGUAUUUUAUGUAGAUUUGUUUAGAUCUGUACUGCACUUUCCUAAACGUUAACAUAUUGUAUCGUUAAUUAAAAUAUUAGGUGGCUAGUAAUGAUUCACUAUGUACAUUUAAUUCCCUGAUCAAAAUUUUACCUCUGUUACAAAAAGUAUUAAUAAAAUAUA